GCCCGAGUGUUGCUCUGUCGGGUCCUGUAUGGGAGCCCGUGCGGGGAUGUCCUGGAGACCCCGCGCUGCCUGCACCUCUAUCGUCUCGGUUUUGCGGAGAAUAUGCCUUCCUCACAUGAGCCUGCAAGGAGAACUGUGCUUAAAACAAACAGUUGACAUGGACGAUGAAGAUGGCAGGUGCUUGCUAGAUGUAAUUUGCGACCCUCAGGCCCUGAACGACUUUCUUCAUGGAUCAGAAACGCAUCUGGACACCGAUGACCUUUUGGACGGCUCGGCUGACCCCGCCAGCUCCUUCUUCUCCGGGGCUGGGGUCCACGUGCCCCAGGUCCAGCCGUCCAAUCAGCUGUCUGUCAGCGACCCGUCCGGCCUGCCCAGCAGCAGCGUGGACCUGGACUUCCUGGAGGACGAUGACAUCCUCGGGGGCGGGUCGCCGGGGGGCGGGGCCAGGGAGGGCGGCGGCGGCGGCGGGGUGGGCGGGGCCAACCACGAGCCCUGCGACAUCCUGCAGCAGAGCCUGGCCGAGGCCAACAUCACGGAGCAGAGCCUGCAGGAGGCGGAGGCCGAGCUGGACCUGGGCUCCUUCUGCCUCCCCGGCCUGACGCAGGUGGUCCAGGCCCUGCCCGAGCCCGGCCUGCCGGCCCCCGGGGCCCCCGCCGUCCACCUGGGGGGGCAGAUCUUCCACAGCCCCGCCCCCAGCGCCACGGCCACGCCCCCCGGCGCCGCCCCGGACGUGAUGGGCUCGGUCCUGGCCCACCCGGGCCUGCAGCUGCAGCCGCAGGUGAUGAGCAAGGCGGUGGCCGUCCAGCCCUUCAUGCAGCAGGUGGGCCUGGGCAACGUCACGCUGCAGCCCAUCUCGGGCCUGCAGGCCCUGCCCAACGGCGGCCCCGCCGGCCACCUGGGCCUCGGCCAGAUCCAGGUCAUGGGCCAGCCCACGGUCAUGGCCAUCAACCCCUCGGGGCAGCCCAUCCUGACCAAAACCAUGAGCGGGUACCAGCUGCACCAGGCCGGCCCGGACGCGGGGGGCACCGCGGCUCAGCCGGGGCUCGGGGGGGCCGUGCUGGGCUCCGGCGGGGGCCUGCUGAUCCAGGGCGGCAAGCCUGCCGUGGGGGCCCCGGCCCUGAACGGGGCCGGCGUCGGCGGCAUUGCCGUUAGCGUUAGCAGCGCGGUCUCCGGCAGCGGGAGUGCCCUCGCCAGCUCUGCCGGGCUGGUGGGUUUCGGGGGCGCCCCCCCCCUCGGAGUCGGGACGCCGCAGCAGGCUCCGCCCCCCGGCCAGAUCAUGCAGAACGUGGUCAUCCAGCGGACGCCCACGCCCAUUCAGCCCAAGCCUCCACUAGGGGGCGCCAAACUCUACAAGCAGCAGCACGUUCAGCAGCAGCAGCCGCCGCAGCAGCCGCCUCCCGCCCAGCAGCUCCCCGCCCCCAGCGCUCUGCAGAACGACGGCGGGAAAGGGGUGGGGCUCCAGCAGGGGCAGGUCCCGGGGGCCGCCGCCCAGGGCGUGGCCUUCCUGACGGGCAAGCCCGGCGCCAACGUGGUGCUGAGCGCCCAGGCGGGCCCCCAGGGGCCCUCCUUCCCCCAGGCGCUCUUCAAGCAGCAGGGCGUCCACCUGCUCAACCAGUCGGGCAGCUUCGUCAUUCCCUCCAACCAGUUCCUGCUGCCGCAGCUGCAGGGGGGGGCCCAGAUCCUCGCCCAGCACCCGGGGGGCCACAUCAUCGCCAGCCAGGGCCCCGGGGGCCAGCUCAUCGCCAACCAGAUUCUGGCCCCCAACCAGAACCUGAACCUGGGCCAGGUGCUGGCGUCGCAGGGCCCGCCCGGCACCGCCCACAUCCUGUCGGGGCACAUCCAGCUGCAGCCGGGGCAGAUGGGCCAGCACACCCUGUUCCAGGUGCCCGUCUCGCUGGCACAGGCCCAGGGGCAGACCCACUCCGUGGCGGGCCACACCCAGGCCGUCAUACAGGGCAUGCCCAUUCAGAACUCCUUGGCCAUGCUGGGGCAGGUGGAAGGCUUGGGUCCGGCGGUCAGUUUGCAGCCCCCUCUUCCUCCGCCUCCUCCUCCUCCUCCCCCCCCUCCUCCUUCGCAGCAGCAGCAGCAGCAGGCCGGCCUCGUUCCCCUCGGGGGGGGAACGGCGAUAGCCCAGUGCCAGCCGACAGACAGCGUUUCGGUGGUGGGCGGAGCCGUGGACCAGCCCGCCCACCUUGCACAAGCCCCGCCCCCUCCGUCGCUGCAGCCUCCGCCGCCCUCGAUCCUGACCGUGCAGACCACGCCGCCGUCGUCCAUCUCCAUCUCGGUCCCCUCUUCCUCGUCUCCGUCCUUGUCUUCCUCCUCCUCGUCCUCCAUGACCCCCUCGUCCGGCUCUCUGGCGCCCCCUCUGGCCCAGCACAGCCCCUUCCUGGCUCCUCAGGGCUCCGGAAUGUUCCUCAGCCAGGAUUCCUUGCAUAUGUUCCUGCAGCAGGACCAGAAGCACCAAUCAGAGAGCGAUCCCCGCCCUUCGGGGUGUGUCCCUGCAUCUGUCAUCGUCCGCAGCGACGGUGGCCCCGCCCAUUCGGGCCAUAGCAGCCUAUCGGCCGAGACUGGGCCGGCCCAGAGCCCCGCCCACUCCCAUGGCCCCUCCCACAAGGCAGCGGUGGUUCAUCAGAUACCCUCUGCAGAACCCCAGCAGCAGCUGAAGCUCCAGAGCGUGUCCCCCUCCCAGCCGGGGGGGGCGGUCCCAGCGGCAGACAGCCCCCAGCCUGCCCAGGCCUCCCCCCUCAUUCUGGGCCAGCCCAUCCACUCCCCCCACCCGCCCCAGCCCCAGUCCCAGGCCCCGACCCCGUCCCGCUCCUGCACCCCCUCCUCCCUGCCCCCCCUCUUCAUCAUCCACAACCAAAUCGGGGGCUCCCCGCAGCCCGCACCCCAACCCCUACCCCAGCCACUGCCGUCGCCACAGCAACAGCAACCGCAGCAACCUCAGAUCCAGACCCAGAUCCAGCCGCAGCCCCGCCCGCCCUCGCAGCCCGCCCCCUUCCAGCAGGACGUGGGCGUGGCCUCCGUCGGCCCCUCCCACUCGCCCAAGCCCCCCGCGGCGGUGCAGGUGCCGGUGCAGUUCCAGUUCGCGCCCUCGGGGGGCGCUGUGGUGCAGAGCCUGACGGUGGAGCAGCAGCAGACCCUGCAGAUGGUGGGGGCGAAGCUGCAGACGCUGUCCGCCAUCGAGCAGCCGUCCGCGCAGCAGAAACAGCUGCUGGAGAAACUCCACCAGGUCCAGCAGAACAUCAUCCUCCAGGCCAAGCAGCAGACUGCAGCCCAGCCGGCCUCCACCAAUCAGUUCAGCUCUCCACAGGACCCGUCCACCGCCCAGCCUGUGACAUCAUCAACAUGCGCCACGACCCCAGCUCAGCUGGCCUCCCUGCUGCAGCAGGCACCACUGCUGGUGAAGACGCCAUCCACAGGAUCCAGUGAAGUCACAUUGUUUUCGGGGGCCUCAGGACCAGCUGGGGCCACAGCCAAGCAGGGAGUCACUCCUGCCACCCUGACGCAGCCUGUACAGGUGAAGCCGAUUGGGGGCGUUACCGUGGGGACAGCCGCUCUGCAGAUCAAGGUGCUGGGCUCUGGGGUCUCUCAGCUGACCACGCCCCAGUCUGCUGCUGCCAUUCAAACACAGACCACAGCUCUGAAGAUUCCUUUCUCCAUGGAGCCCAGCAAGGAAGCAAAGAUGCUGGAGCAGCUGAGGAAGCAGCAGGGCUCAGUUCUGCGGCCAGACUACAGCGCCCCCUUCUGCUCGUUUGAGGAUAGCGCACACCGGCUGCUCCCCUACCACCUGUACCAGGGCACCUUGUCCACACCCCAGGACUUCCAUAGAGUUGAUGAGGAGUUCCAGAGCGUCUCCACUCAGUUACUGAAGCGAACUCAGGCCAUGCUGGAUAAGUAUCGCCUGCUGCUGUUUGAGGAGUCCAAGAGGCUGGGCCCGUCGGCAGAGAUGGUGAUGAUUGACAGAAUGUUCAUUCAGGAAGAGAAGCUGGCUCUGAACCAGGACAGGGUUCUGGCCAAGGAGAGACCAGAUGAGUAUGUGGCUCAUUCCUGCUCCCUGGAAAAUGCAGCAGCUAGUGUACAGCACCCCCUGCCUGCCGAGUCUGGUACUGCAAAAGCCAGAAGCUCAGCGGCGGGAGGAGGAGCCAGUGCGGGCCCCGCCCCAGCAUUGGCCACGCCCCAUUUCACCCCCACCAAGCUGGUGAUAAAGCAGGGCGGGGGAGGGGCGUCGGUCUCCUGGUCCUCCAGCAUCGCGCCCGGCGGGGCGGCCCGGGCGGCCACGGAACCUGCGGGUCAGAGUUCAUCCGUGGACGGCUCCGCCCCCUCGGACGACGACGCCCUCCCCCGGCGCAGCGGCAAGCCGCCCAUGAAGACCUACGAGGCGCGCCGGCGAAUCGGGCUCAAGCUGAAGAUCAAGCAGGAGGCGGGGCUCAGCAAGGUGGUGCACAACACGGCGCUCGACCCCGCCCACGCGCAGACGCCCCGUCAUAACUCCGCCCCCGUCCCCGCGCAGGCGCCCCGGCACAGCCCCGCCCACCAGCCGCCCCCUGCCCAGCUGCAGCCCACGGUCACGGUUCCCCCGGCAACCGCUGUCCUCAGGACUCCUCCCCCCGAGUCCGCCCACACCGCCCCCGCUUCCUCCUCCUCCACGCCCGCCGUCACCGUAGCAACCACGCCGCCGUCAUAUCCCGCCCCCCCUGCCGCGUCGUCAUCCUCCUCCUCUUCUUCCUCGACGCAGGUGAAUGGGAGCCUAGAGCACCAUCACCACACCCCCACGCGUAACCCCCCCGGCCCGCCCCCCGGCCCGCCCCCCGUCCCGACCUGCCGCCUACCCCUCCGCAAGACGUACCGGGAGAACGUUAGCCCCCCCAGGGCCCCCCCGUCGCCCCACGCCCGGGACCCCGCCUCCCCCCCGCCGGGAGGGACGGUGAUCGCCAGCGUCAAGCUGGAGAAGCGGGGCGGCAGGAAGGGGCGGGACCACCCGCACGCGGACCGUGGGUCGGGGGCGGGGCCGGAGCCGGGGGGCGGGGCCAGUGACGCCCAGCUGGAGGGCGGCGGGUCCUCCCCGGGGCUGAUGAAGGAGCUGGCGGAGGUGGAGGAGGUGCUCUACCGCGGCAUGAUCAAAAACACGCACCGGCGGCACCGCAGACACCGCGCCGAGGCGGGGGAGGGGCACGGGGGCGGGGCUAGGGACGGGGGCCGGCCUCGGGCCAAGCGCAGCGGCGGUAAGAGCAGGGAAAGGGGCGGGGACAGGUCUUCCAGGCGGGACGGUCCCGCCUCUCCCGCCGGGUCGCCCCACCCCUGGGACCCCUCCCUCCCCACCAAACGGCGGAAGUCGGGCUCCCCGGACGUGGACGACGCCAGCUUCUCCAGCGGCAGCCCGCCGCCCGACGACGGGCUCAGCGAGCACCUGCAGUGCGCCAUCGACAGCAUCCUCAACCUCCAGCAGGGGGCGCCGCCCAGGGGCGGGGGCUCGGGCCGCGCCCCCGCGCCACAUCCGUCCCAGCAGCCCUCCUCCGCCCACCGCCCGGGCGCCCCCUCCACCUCCCACAGACACCCCUCCUCUUCCUCCUCCUCGUCCUCUUCCUCCUCCUCCUCCUCGCUGUCCCAGCGCUCGCAGCUAGGGGGCGCCGGAGGGCGGGGCCACAACGGUAGCUUUGUCUCACGGACGUACAGCAGAUAACAGCCCCAAGCUUGCUGCGGGGGGGGGGGGGGGACUGAAAGACUGAGGAACGGAGGAGAGAAAGCGAGGGAUGGAGAGGGAGAGGGAGAGGGAGAGGGAGAGGGAGGGAUGCUCCACGUCUCUGUCUGUCCGUCCGGCUGUGUUUUCAGUGUGUUUGUCCAUUUGAAUUGUUCUGAACAAAAGACGACACUUUAUUAUUAUUAUACAUUUUUUUGUUUUGUUUACGGAAUUCACCCUCUUAGUGUACUUCGGAGAGUCUGGGAGGGGGAGGGGG